CCCUCCCCCCCCCUCUCUCUAGAUGCUAUAAUACACCGCGAUGCAUAGAAUCUUUACCGUAUUCGUUCUGGCCAUCUUACUACCGACCAGUCCAGGCUUCGCCGCGGCUCAGACCGAACCGGGAAAAUUAAGCGGCCAGUUCAGCCCGUCAAUCAUCGUUCUCAUCUCCGCCUUGUGCACGCCCGUAAUUCUCAUCGGAUUCGCCGUGAUCUUCGUAAUAUGGUGGCAACGAAGCCAAGCGACGGUCUCGGGACCGAGUCUCAACGUCCUCCAACCUCGGCAGAAAGCGCGUGGUAUGGACGCGCGUGCCGUCGAGGCUUUACCCACGUUUGUAUACGCCGACGUGAAGAGCUUGAAGGUUGGCAAAGGGGCGUUGGAGUGCGCGAUUUGCCUGAGCGAGUUCGAAGACCGCGAAACGCUGCGUUUGCUUCCGAAAUGCGAUCACGUGUUCCACACGCAAUGCAUUGACGCGUGGCUCGGAAAUCACGUCACUUGCCCGGUUUGCCGGUCUGAUCUCACCGAUGAACCGGCGGUCGAGGGAAUAACCGGAACCGAGUCCAUUGACAUCGAAUCUCAAACCGGAGAAGGACGACGUGAACCGGAUCAAGAGAGCAGAGAUCGUGUUACUGCCACGGUUGAACCGGUGACACCUGCGAAAUUGCUGAGGUGGAAUACAACCGGUCAUUUAUGGGUUCAACCGGGAGAACGAAAAAAUACCGACCGUUUUACUUUGAGAUUACCGGAAGAGAUUAGGAAGCAGAUUUUGGGGGUUGGAGAAGGGAAAUCGAGUAAAGGGAGGAGGCUGAACCGGCGGCAGUCCAUGUCAGAAAGAUGGUUAGCCUUUAAAACGUCGUCGUUUCAAUGGAGAAAUGGGUCACCGAAAGGAGCCGCCGUAGCUGAAGGGACAUCCUAUGUUAGACCGGAACAAGCGGUUCGACCGCCGGUUUGAUGGGUUCGUUGUAUAGUGAUUUUCUUAGUUUUAGUUGUUUGAUAUGUUUUACCAAAAAAAAAAAAAAAAAAAA